UUUACUCUACUUCAGUUCGAGAAAAGUGAUUGCACAAGUAAAAGUAAAUUGCUAGCAAAUUUAAAUAUCUAUAUUCUUGUAACUUAACAAAUUAAAUUUCAAAAUGUCGUACCAACUUUACCGUAAUACUACCUUAGGGAAUACAUUACAAGAAACAUUGGAUGAGCUAAUUCAGUACGGACAAAUAACGCCAAACUUGGCUUUCAAAGUACUCUUGCAAUUUGAUAAGAGCAUUAAUACUGCUUUAAAUCAGCGUGUCAAAGCAAGAGUUACCUUCAAGGCAAACAAACUUAAUACGUAUCGUUUUUGUGAUAACGUUUGGACGCUUAUGCUAAGCGACGUCGAGUUUCGUGAAGUUCAUGAAUUUGCAAAAGUUGACAAAGUGAAAAUUGUUGCUUGCGAUGGCAAAAGUGGUGAAUUCAAUGGAUAGAUUAAUAAAAGCAUUCCAAUACAGUUUUUUUAUGGGAUUUCUUCCUUAUGGAAGAGUGGUUUUUAAGCUAUUAGUAGUUAUAAUGUUUGUCUCGUAAUAAAUUCAUUAAUUUUGUAAAACUGAUUCAUUGACUAAAUAAAAUAGUAUU